UGAGAUGUGUUUCAAGGAGCAAUUAGCCUCCCCUCCUCAGCUGCUUCCUUGUCCUUCCUGUGGCCUUGAGCUGUCUCAGCUGCCUGUUUGCCCCUCCUGUGGCCUUCGAGCCUGUCCUGGGCUCUCUGCAGAGCUCUGCAGCUGCUUGUGUCCUUGGCCCAAGGACACCCAGGACCUUGUUGAGCCCUUGGAUGAAAGAGCUGCCCAGCUACUGAGGUCCAGAGAGGGUCAGGGACCACCCAGAGGGCAGAGGGCCAGGGCAGCACCUGCAGGAUACAGAGACAUGCCACCUGCUAUCCCCAGGGAGGGAACUCAUGAAUAUUCACACCCACUGGAGCGUGAGGGAGCCAGCCACCAUACUGCUGGGUGUCAUUGGAGCGUUCCUGUUUCCCAGUGACCGCAGAGGCAGCCUGGGAGUCAUACAUGGCUCAGGCAGGGAGAGGAAAGGGGCAGCCAGCCACAGCCCAAGGUGCCUGAGAUGCCUCUGCCACAGAAGAAGCGCUGGGAGUCGAUGGCCAAGGGGCUGGUGCUGGGAGCACUCUUCACCAGCUUCCUGCUGCUACUGUACUCAUAUGCCGUCCCCCCGCUGCAUGCUGGCCUGGCCUCCAUCAGGACCCCGGAGGGUGCAGCGCCCUGCUCCCCAGCCCCGGGUGAGCCAGAGACAGCGACCCCAGCCAACGGCUCGGCGGGAGGGUGCCAGCCUCGGCGCGACAUCGUGUUCAUGAAGACACACAAGACGGCCAGUAGCACACUGCUCAACAUCCUGUUCCGCUUCGGCCAGAAGCAUGGGCUCAAGUUCGCCUUCCCCAACGGCCGCAACGACUUCGACUACCCGGCCUUCUUCGCCCGCAGCCUGGUGCAGGACUACCGUCCGGGGGCCUGUUUCAACAUCAUCUGCAACCAUAUGCGCUUCCAUUACGAUGAGGUCCGGGGCCUGCUGCCGCCCAACGCCACCUUCAUCACCGUGCUCCGCGAUCCCGCCCGCCUUUUCGAGUCCUCCUUCCACUACUUCGGCUCGGUGGUGCCCUUCACGUGGAAGCUCUCCAGCCACGACAAGCUGGCCGAGUUCCUGCAGGACCCUGACCGCUACUAUGACCCCAACGGCUACAACGCCCACUACCUCCGCAAUCUGCUCUUCUUCGACCUGGGUUACGACAGUGGCCUGGACCCCAGCAGCCCGCAGGUGCAGGAGCACAUCCUGGAGGUGGAGCGCCGCUUCCACCUGGUGCUCCUGCAGGAGUACUUCGAUGAGUCCCUGGUGCUGCUCAAGGACCUGCUGUGCUGGGAGCUGGAGGACGUGCUCUACUUCAAACUCAAUGCGCGCCGCGCCUCUGCCGUGCCCCGCCUGUCCGGCGAGCUGUACCAGCGUGCCACCGCCUGGAACGUGCUGGAUGCCCGCCUCUACCGCCACUUCAACACCAGCUUCUGGCGCAAGGUGGAGGCGUUCGGGCGGGAGCGCAUGGCCCGCGAGGUGGCCGCUCUGCGACGCGCUAAUGAGCACAUGCGGCGUAUCUGCAUCGAUGGGGGACAUGCCGUGGACGCCACUGCCAUUCAGGACUCGGCCAUGCAACCCUGGCAGCCCCUGGGCGCCAAGUCCAUCCUGGGCUACAACCUCAAGAAGAGCAUUGGGCACCGGCACGCACAGCUCUGUCGUCGCAUGCUCACUCCCGAGAUCCAGUACCUGAUGGAUCUUGGCGUCAACCUGUGGGUCACCAAGCUCUGGAAGCUCAUUCGGGACUUUCUGCACUGGUGACAUCCUGCCCGUCCAGUGGCCCCACCCUGCCUGCUUUCCCCACCUGGCAGGGACCCACUGGCCGCCCCCAUGCCCCUCCUGGUGCCACCCCGGUCCCUGGGGUAAGGUGGGGCUGCUGUGGGGAUGCAGCCAGCCAGGACUGGGCCCACGCACACAGAGAAGGCCUGAGAUCAGUAUUUGACUAAUUAUACCUUUUUUAAAAAUUAAAUCCCUUUCCCUCCAAAAAAAGAAUGUUCUAUUUCAUGCCUUCCCUUAAAGGGAAGACCUCAGAAGUAAAGGCAUUUGAUGUUGUGUUUUUGUUAA